AUGACUAAAGUGGGACCCGAACUUACUUUAGAUGCUAGUCAGCUGUCAGAAGCAACAAGACCAAACGCAACCGAUUUAUUGCCUCAACCAACAGCACCACCACCACCACGCCCAUUGCCCAAACCUUUGACUGAUUUUAAGACAAAUGUAAAAUGGAAAAAGGUGCCUGCUACUUGGCAUCAUGAAAGAGUACUUCAUAGCGAAACGUUGGGUCGAUUGUUCGAGAGCACAACACGUGGUGGCCAACCAGUAGGUGAUAUAUGGGAUUAUGAAGUUCCAAUCCCAGCAUCUGACAAUGCAAAAUCUGAUAGAUCAUUGUCUCAUUGUAACUAUUUAAGCAGAUGCGAUAAUUGUCGAGGAAAAGGUUUAGUAACCUGUAAUGCUUCUGGCUGCAAUGGAAGUGGAUGGGUUACAUGUUCAUCAUGCAGCGGACGUGGUCGAACAGAGACAUCAACACAAAUUAUCAUAUGUGGGUGUUACAAUGGUAAAGUGCGUUGUUCUUCAUGUAAAGGUGGUGGGAAAAUCCAUUGUUCCGACUGUAAAGGUGGCGGUGGUUUCUAUCAUUCGGCUACUUUACGAAUUAAGUGGCAAUAUCAAGAGAAACUUCUUCAACCAAACACAAGAUCGAAUAACAAAAUGCGUCGAUUAAUGUGCACAGUAGAAAGAUUAAAUUUUGAAGAAGUUCAAUACACUCUCGACAGCAAAUAUAUGAAUAAACGAGAUUCUACAUUAGGUAACAACUUUCGGUUUUGUCAGUACCCUGUACAUGGAAAAGUAAAUAAUAAAGAUGAUACAAAUCAAUUACUAUCUGAAAAAGAAUUGAAACUAAUUCGAUUCAUUUCAUAUUUAAUCUAUAUGCAAACAACAACAACAACAACAACGAAUCUAACAUGGAAUGGUUGGGAAAAAAAUUAUGAUAGUCCUCAACUAGAUUUAGGCUCUAUUCGAUAUUCAUUAACUCAUAUUGGUUAUACAGCAGCAGCAUUAGUUUAUAGAACACCAAAUUAUCUUGAAUUAGCAAUAAAAAUAUUGAAAGAUUCGAUUGAACGUAUGCUAAAUAUCAAAGUAUGGGGAUAUAUUGACCGUUAUUGGAAAAAUGUACAUACAUUUCCUGAUCCUGUUUGCCAUGAAAAUAUAAUGUAUAGUAGUCAUUUAUUGCAAUUAUUGACACUUUAUGAGAGUCUUUCAGGUGAUUUCACAUAUGAUAUUGAUGGAUUCGAUUUCAUAUGGGAUAAAGAUAACGACCGAAUAACUAAAAUACAUUAUAGUACAACAAAAUUAGCAUAUGCUAUUUGUUACCAAAUGAAUGAAGAAUCAUCGGCUGGUGUAUCUUGUGAACCUGAAUGGGUUUAUACUAUAUGUCAAAAUCAUCCACAUAUUGGUUUCAAACUCUAUGAUAUUGUUCGUAAUAAACAUGCUCUAGAAGAUAUACCUAUGUUUAAAGAAGAUCGAUAUUUUAAAAUGUUAUAUUACAGACCUACUCACACUUGGAUUCCAUAUUUUGCAGCAACAGGUAAUGAUGGAUGGGCUUUAGCAUGGAUGUCUUCAUGGUUUGAUCAUAAUGAAACAUCAAAUUUUAUUUAUAGUGGUGGUUAUAUUGGUGAUCGUAUGCAAUUCACUAAAUGGCUAGCAACAUCAUUUUAUCCAAUUGUUGAAAAACAAUGUUCAAUAGAAGUAACAGAAAAAUUAAAUUGUACUUAUUUAUGGUUUGAUAAUAAUGUUGGAACAUUCUUAGAUACAGAUAAUGAUGGUUAUUUUGAAUCAUAUUAUUAUAUGCAACAAAUACAAUGUUUUCAAAUUGGGUUACAACAAUUUCUUGAUCAUGAACCAGAAGUUUUAGCUGUUGAAUAUCCAUUGAUACGUGUUAGUCGAGCUCAAUAUGAUUCAAAUAGAAAACAAUUAUUAAUUCAUUUUAAUACAGAAAAAUCAAUAAUUUUAUCAACAAAAUUUGAAAUAAAAUAUCCCAAUUUAAUAUUAAAUAUUUCAAAUAUUACACGUGAUGGUUUCGACAGUGGAUUUACAAUAAAUCAAAUUUCUAAUGAUAGAAUAAGAAUAGAAUAUUAUUAUAGCAGCAUGGAUAAACAAGAAACAGAAUUUAACAUUUUAUUUUAUUAG